CGCCCCCUCGUCGGAUUUGAAAUUCAAAUCGUCUUCGUCCCUAGUGAAUCCAUCCUUACCAUCAUAAAAAAACAAAUCCAUAACCAGCGCUCUCCAACGGUCCUUUUUCCAUAAACGCCUACUCUCUCUCUCAACCUUCGGUCCUUGUUGUUGCAAAUAAAAAAUUCAAACCUUAAUUCUCGCUUUUUUUGACGGGUAAACCUACAUUUUCUGAGGAAAAUUUUCACUCUUUCUAAGAAAAACAGAUCUUUCAGAGGAAAAACUUUUCGUUUGAAUUGUUAAGGAAUUAUUCAACAUGUCUACUCCGCCAAGUGAUCCACUUCUUCAAGUGGAAACAACGUGUGGAACCCUUCUAUAUGAACUUCAGAUAAUCUGGGAUGAAGUAGGUGAGACAGAUGCUGACAGGGAUAAAAUGCUGCUUGAGCUCGAAAGAGAGUGCCUGGAAGUAUACAGAAGAAAGGUGGAUCAGGCAAAUCACUGUAGAGCUCAGCUAAGACAGACAAUUGCUGAUUCUGAAGCCGAACUUGCUGCCAUCUGUUCAGCAAUGGGGGAGAGGCCAGUGCAUAUUAGGCAGUCUGAUCAAAACGCUGGAAGCUUGAAGGAGGAGCUCAGCAAAAUUCUUCCACAAUUGGAGGAAAUGAAGAAAAGGAAGAUCGAAAGAAGAAAUCAAUUUUUAGAAGUUUUAGAGCAAGUACAGAAGAUCACAAAUGAGAUUUAUGGAUACACCGAUUCAGUUUCUUCCAAAACAGUUGUGGAUGAAACUGACUUAUCCUUAAGGAAGCUUGAAGAAUUGCACAGACAGCUCCAUGAACUUCAGAAAGAGAAGUGUGAUCGUCUGAAGCAGGUUCAGGACCACCUUAACUUGUUGAACUCACUCUGCUCAGUGAUAGGUAUGGAUUUCAAGCUCACAGUUACUGAAGUCCAUCCUAGUUUAGUUGACUCUGAAGGAUUUAGGAGUAUUAGCAAUAAUACAAUUGGGCAGUUGGCAACAUUGAUAAAUAAGUUACGGGAAGUUAAGAUACAGAGGAUGCAAAGGCUACAAGAUCUUGCAAUUACCAUGUUAAAGUUAUGGAAUCAGAUGGAUACACCCAUUGAGGAGCAACAGAUAUUUCAGAGUGUUACCUGUAAUAUAGCUGCUUCAGAAGAUGAAAUUACUGAACCCAACACUCUCUCUGUGGAUUUCAUCAACUAUGUUGAGGCAGAAGUUUAUAGGUUGGAAGAGUUGAAGUCAAGCAAAAUGAAAGAGCUUGUUCUCAAGAAGAGAUCAGAGCUAGAGGAGAUAUGUAGAAAGACCCACCUGGUUCCAGAUUCAGAAAGUUCAAUAGAAGAUGCCAUUGAAGCUAUUGAGUCUGGGGCUGUUGAUGCUGCUAACAUACUAGAACAACUUGAACUUCAAAUUGGUAAGGUCAAAGAGGAAGCUUUUAGCAGGAAAGAAAUACUCGAAAAGGUGGAGAAAUGGUUGACGGCAUGUGAUGAGGAGUGCUGGCUUGAGGAAUACAACAGGGAUGAAAACCGAUAUAACGCGGGAAAAGGUGCUCAUCUUACACUCAAGCGUGCUGAGAAAGCCCGCUCCUUGGUUAAUAAACUCCCAGGAAUGGUGGAGGCAUUGGCUUCAAAGACCAUGGCAUGGGAGAAGGAAAGAGAGGUUGAAUUUUUGUAUGAUGGUAUUUGUCUGCUUUCUAUGCUUGAAGAAUACACUAUUUUACGACAAGAGAAAGAGCAAGAACGACGUAGGUUGCGGGACCAGAAGAAACUUCAGGGACAGCUAAUAGCAGAGCAAGAGGCACUCUAUGGGUCAAAACCAAGCCCAUCAAAGCCCCAGAGUGUAAAAAAUGGUCCUAGGUAUUCAUCUGGAGAUGCAAGCAAUAGAAGAGUCUCCUUGGGAGGAGCAUUGCUUCCCACUCAUAAACCUGAUUCACUUCACUCUGCAAAGGCUACUCCUCAAACACGUCCUAGUAAGAAAACUGAGCGAAUGUUUCACAAUGACCAUUUAAAUCAUCGACAGGAUGAUACCAUUCCAGCUUUCUCAGCUGUUAGGAGAGGCCUGGACAUUGCUGACAUUCCUGUAAGAAAGCGCUCAUCCAGUGCUGUAAAUGCUAAUGAACCCGAGUCACCAUUGGUUCGUAAGCCAUUCUCGCCCAUCUCUUCCACAAUAUCAUCAAAAGCCAAUAUGACAAACAAGCUAGAAGAUAAUGGUGGAACUUUACAGAAAAUGCUUCCGACUAAUGAUCUGUCAUACACUACUCCCUUCAAGACAAUUUGUUUGGUUGGCGAAGAGAAUAGGACACCAAAGGCAACGCCUAUUCCGGUGCCUUGUACACCUUCAACAGUGUCAGUUCCGAUGCAGACAGCCAUGACACCGGCUCCACCAAUACCUUUCACUGCUACCAAACCAGUGGAAGAAAUCCCUGAAGAGAUUGAACAGUCGUUUGAGGAAAGAAGGCUUGCGGUUGUGCUUUCUCAAACACAAAUAACAUCACUGAUUCAAUCUGCGAGCCUGAAUGAGGACGAAAUUGUUGCAACAAUUCUUCUGACUAAUGCGAGGAAACAUUCACAGAUCAUGAAAAUAAAGUACGAUAUAUCAUCAUCCCAUUAGUCUCAGCUAAUAAAAGGGAGAUAAGAAGAAUUCAAAAAGGAAAGGACUAGAAACAUGGGAAGAAGAUUCCGGCAAGACCUCGCUUCCCCUCCUAGUGAGGCCAUCGGCACUUUUGUUUCCUUCACAGAAGGUAUGCAUCAGCACUGUCUGUUGGAAACUCUUCAAUAGAAUCCUGCAAUCACAGACGAGUAUUCAGAAACAAGUUGCUGUGGUCAAGAUUAUUAAUCAGAUUUAUCACCACCAUAGCAUCCAAGUCAACCACAAGUUUCUGAACUCCCGCUUCACUGGCCAUUUUGAGGCCAUCCCUAAGAGCCCACAAUUCUGCUUCUACGCUGGUGGCCCUUGGUAUGUGUCUUGAAGAUCCUGCCAGCCACCGCCCUGAGUGGUCACGAAGGACUGAUCCAAUUCUUGCCUUGGAUUUCCAAGGGAUGAUCCAUCUGUGUUAAGCCUGUGCCAGCCUUAGGGAGGGGGUUUCCGUUGGACCCCAAUGAAGGAAGGAAGUGGAAUUCUUUUUGUUUUGCCCAUCAAAGCUUAAAUUCAUAGGCACGUUCAGUGACCUUAGCCACAACCCUUGUUGGAUCAAAAUUACCUUCAAAGACAAGCUUGUUUCUGGCUUUCCAAAUUUUCCAUAGAAAAAAUGUGAACAUUACCUUCCAUGGGAUAUUGUGGUUCAUGGUUAUGAAGUU